GGCAACAGAAGAACGGACGCUCGAUGGUCUGCUGUAUCGGAAAAGUGAAAAUUUUCUCGCCAGUUGCAGAUUUGACGUUUACCUUACAACAAGUUCUCCUGGAGCGAUUCGUUGGUGUCAUUCGCGACGCGAUUUUACCUCUGUAGUCCAUUUUCAUCCAGAGGUUUUUCCUGAAGUUGGUUCAUCGUUGUCUUUGGGGUUGAAUUUUCUUAAGUUUGUAAUGUGACUACGCGAAGUUUUUGUGCGAUUUUAAAGUGUUGAAGGAUUUCUACGAAAAGGUUAAUUGGAAUUGAAAUUAAAAUUUUCGUGUUGGAUACAUUGUUCUUGGAAUGAAAACUGAUGUGGUUUAAGGUUGCGCUUCAUUGGAAAACUAAUCACCAGAAAACACAGUGUUGAGAUUCCAUUUCUGGCAAGUGUGAAAACGAAAACGAAGCUAAAAGAAAAUCGUGUGUACAUAUUUUAUUUUUAGCUCGACAGGACUGUUAUUAAAUCAAUAAUUCUUUUUUCCCUUUGGAUCUUUGUACUUACUAUCAAUUGAACGAAGGUGUGUUGGAAAAAUCCGAGCAGAAAAGUAGCACACAGCCUAGAAAAGAUUUUUCCUUACAAGGGAGGAUACGGAAACAUCAAGUGACAUAAUUUUUAUCAAUUUUGAGCUACUCCUGCCCUAGUAUCUACGGCGAAGCGGAAACUUUGCAGUCUUCUGAUCUGGAUAAGUGUGCGUUUUUCACUUGUGCGUUCCGAUACACAAAAAAGGCAGUGUGUAGCAAACGUGAAAUGUGUGUCUGAGGAGAGAGGAAAAUCAAAGAAAUAGUGAUUUCCAAAAUUGGAUUAUUUCAAGAAGAACAACAACCUGAAAGCAAUUCCCUGAAUGCAGCCUUCAUCACAUCGCUUGGGGCUUCUAUUGUAAACCAAUCAUUGGUAUUUCAGAUGAAGCCUGAGUGAAAUCCACCGGUCACCAAGCUUAUCAAUAAUUCUCUCAAUAGAGCUCCCAUCGCAGAGCUGUUGAGGGCGAGGUAGCUCUGGGGCUGUGUCCUGUUUUGGGAUCGGUGCCAAAAAACAUUCAUCCACCACACGUUGGAAAAGGAAGCGGAACAACAAAAAACGACGUAGCUGCAUAAAGGCACCAAAAAGCUUUCUAAAUUUGUGGAACGGUGGUGAAAAAGUGGCAACCAUGAAUCGUUAACAAGUUAACCAACAAAUGGCUGUUCAGUGAGGUGAUGUGAAAAUUCAAAAGCCAAUGGUAGAUAUGGACGACGAACGGCUUUUCUAUCGGUGUGAAACGUGAUUACCACAGGUCAAAGUUAUUAGAAAGGACAGUGAGUGAAAGAGUGCGUAAUAGGUAGAAGUGUCAAUCGCAUUUAGAUUUCAUCAGAUAGUUUCUCUCAGUUGAAGGCGGAACUGCUUCGUGAUGCAUUUACACUUUGAGAAAAGCACCAACACGAAAUGCGACUGCUCGAUACUUUCGCUGUCAUGGAUGGGAAAAGUUCCAGACGAUAUUCCAGAGGAGGAAGGAUGGAAGUUGAACCGUACGAACUACUAUCAGGAAGGAUGGCUAGCAACUGGCAACGUGCGAGGCAUCGUUGGAGUUACCUUCACAACGUCACACUGCAAGAAGAACGUCGAAUAUCCCCUGAGGACAAACUACAACCUGCGAGGGCACCGCUCAGACGUGAUUCUGGUGAAAUGGAACGAGCCGUACCAGAAGUUGGCAAGCUGUGAUAGCUCCGGUAUCAUCUUCGUGUGGAUAAAAUACGAAGGACGAUGGAGCGUGGAGCUAAUAAACGACAGAAACACGCCGGUAACACAUUUUUCCUGGUCACACGACGGAAGGAUGGCACUAAUAUGCUAUCAGGAUGGUUUCGUGUUGGUUGGCUCCGUCGCUGGACAACGGUACUGGUCAUCAAUGCUGAACCUGGAUGCUACUAUCACGUGCGGAAUCUGGACGCCAGACGAUCAGCAGGUGUAUUUUGGCACAACGCAGGGCCAGAUAAUUGUGAUGGACGUGCACGGGGCGAUGGUUUCACAGGUUCAGCUUGGUUCGGAUACCGGAAUCACUGCAAUGGCAUGGUCAUGCGAAAAGUUCAAAAUGGAGGAAGGUGAAGACACGGAACCAGGAGUUACAAAUGCUUCCAAACGCUCUUUUGUGUUAGCAGUAAGCUUCCAGAAUGGAUACAUUUACUUACUGAAGUCUUUCGAUGAUGUUUCGCCUUGUCACAUACAUACGGAAAUGAACGGAAAUCUAGGCUUUGUGAUGGAGUGGAGUAAUUCGCGUGAGUUAUUGGCUGUGGCUGGUAGUGAAAUAGCCGCUGAAUCGGAAACGACUGAAACACCUGCAAUGCCAGUGUACAAUAAUCUUCUGAAGUUUUACACAGAAUCAGGAAAUCUACUAUACACAGCUAAAAUACCUUGCACUACGACUCCAGUAUCUGCCCUAACGUGGGGUCACAACGACAAACGAAUAUUUAUUGCUACGGGAACACAGGUUCACAUCGCAUGGGUGUCGCGAAGGGUUGCAUCUUUGCAAUUGUUUUGUCGACUACAAGUACAAUCUUCGCUAACUUCAGAAGCCAUGCUGCCCAAAUUACCACUACCAGGUCGAAUCAAAGCACUGAUUGGCAAUCUUUUCGCCCAAACCAUUCGGUGCUGUGUUCCGGAUCUGAAAUAUUUACGAGAAUUUGUGUCUCGACCACCAGUGUGUUCGACCCGGUUACAUUGUACGAUGAUCCGACAUGAUGAAGACGCAAAUCAAAGUUCUGGUACUUGUUACACAUUGUACCUGGAAUUUCUUGGAGGUUUAGUUCCGCUUCUCAAAGGCAAAAGGACGUCGAAAAUCCGGCCGGAAUUUGUGAUAUUUGAUCCACAGAUCGAUGAAAUAUCCUCUUACGUCACCUACUCAUCAGAUUCAACGAUCACAACUUCAAAAAGUUCAUCAGCGUCCAGUCAUUCGACGAGUGGGACCACCGGAAGAUCAGACAGUUCGGAAAGUGAUAUAGAAGAAGGUUCGCCUCGAUUGUCCAGAAAACGAAAAGCACGAACUAAAAAGCGACAACCGAGUAAUAGCGAUCGCUCUCCUAAUCAAAACUCUGAUUCUACUGAGAAUAACGAGGAAUUGGCAUACCUGGAUACAUUACCAGAGCAUGUCAAACUGGUGGAAGUCACGUCAAAUAUCUGGGGAACUAAGUUUAAAAUUCACGGUUUAGCAAAAACACUUCCGGCAAAUCUUGGUCAAGUUACUUAUAAAACGUCUUUACUUCACCUACAACCACGCCAAAUGACCUUAGUUAUUACUGAACUUCGGGAUGAUUUCCCAACUGGGCCGGACCCGAACUUUAAUCCCAACAUAUUUUCAGAAGAUGAAGAAGAACACAAUCAAACUCAUUUUGGUUCUGGUGGUCGCAAACUUGUAGAAACCGCUCCUCCGAUAGCCCCUAUGUCACCUCGUCCAAAUCGAUUUCCUUCUCGACCGCGUCGUCAAACACCUUCUUCGCUGGCAUCUGCCUCCAACGGUCGUCCUCCAUUGCCUCAUCUUGGCCCUCUAGCUCGUGCCGAAUCCUAUGAAGAUGACACCGAUGGACCAGAUGGAGAACCGUCACGCACUGUUGCAAAUCCUCCCCGUCAAGGAAUUAGUUAUUCUAGUUUAGUUAGCCAAUGCAGUAGACCAUCAUCUGCGUCUAGUAGUCAAUCACGUGUUGCCAUAUCUCCACUGUACUGCGAAGGUUCCGUUCCAACGCUACAGUCACCGAAGAAUGCUGUAGCUCCUAGUGAUAUUAUUUUUGAUAGACCACCAGCCGGACAAACUACCCUUAUGAGUUAUUCAAGUAAUACGGAUUACGUUAACAAUGUUGUUCAGGUGAAAAACGCCAUUAUGUCCUCGGAUCAUAGUCGUACCAACAAUCAGUCUCACGUCAACCCGGUACCAUUAAAUCUAAAUCUCAAUUUGGAACGGAUAGAAGCCAAAGCUAACAAUAGUAGUAGUAGAGACUCGUCACAUUCCACGGGUAGUGGUAGUAAGCAUGGAACUCCGAAGAAGCAAAAUUUAAAAUACAUCGACGAAGAAACUCCAUCUACCUCUGCUACGCCAGUUGUUCCAGAGCCUAGCACCAGUGGAACUAGCAACUGCAGCAGUAACCCAUCUGGUGCUAUCAUGAAACGCACUCCGACCGUAAUUUCAAUGACUCCUGUUGUGGCGAGUGGUAUUCCAGAGUCUAUCACACGUAGCUGUAGUGUAGGCUAUCUAGAUAAUAUGGAAAUUGUCCCUAGUGAUGCUGUACUUACGAUGAUGCGUAAAGAAACUCCUUAUAAACGGUUAGUUUUGGUUGAUAAGAAGCGGCAGAAAAAGUACCGUCGUAAUUUUGAUGAUAUGAAGAAAGCAAAACUGCGCCAAGGUUGCAAAUCUAAAAGUUUAGACUCGUGCGACAUACUGCAGGAUUCGCCCAAUUUGAACCGAGACCUGAUAAAUCUUUUCCGGCAGAUGCCCAAAGUGAACGAGCUUUCAGAGAAUGAAACUGAAUACUCUUCGUCGGAUCAGACCGAUCGAAUGCGUCCGAAUGCGCCAACUGGAUCAUCCUCCGCAGCAUCAACAAAACGAAGACCAUCAAUGAAAUUUCCAGGAGUAACAGGCCCUAUUCUACCUAUUUCCAAAACACCUAUUCUCAAUCGGAAGGAGAAGCCAAAAUCUUGUUCUAUAUGUAAAACGAUUUCUCCGACUGUUAACUCCACAGAAACAGUAUGUGUGAAGUGCCGAAAGAAUGGAGGAACUUCCAAUGGAGUAGACAAAGAAAAUAAUAGUAUAGAAGACCACCAAAACCACAUUUACGUAGAUAUAAUAAGCGCGAAACCUCCACAAGCUCCCCCCAAAGCCAAGCGAUCAAUACUUGAGCAAUACAUUAGUUCAGUUUAUAGUAAUAACGGAGAAUUGGUACUUAAGGAUACCUCUAGUGGAACCAGUGGAACGAAAACUACUAACGACAAGAAAAACAACAAUAGUAAUGGAGAUACUAAUGGAUCGUGUAGCACGCCGAAGUCCAAAAUUAGGAAAAAUUUCGAGAUAGUUACAAGCUUUACCGACAGUCCUCUAUUUAGUCGAAGACAUCGUUCCUUGAAUAGAACCGACUCGUCAAAAUUGCAGAGUGAAAGCAGCACUCCAGUAAUGGCUCGCAAGUCCGAAACAAGUAAAAGUGAAAACGGCGAAAGUCGAAAAAGCAGACGAAAAGACGAAUCACCUCGGCGACAUCGUCGCAACGAUAGUUGUCCUGGUCCAAGUAUAGAAAACAACAAUGGCGAGGGACCAUCCCUUCAACCAGUGGAAAUUACUCCCGUUGAGCAGAAAGCUUCGGUUUCGCUUCACACGCAAGCUUUGACCACCCUUGAAAACAUCAUCAGCCGGCUGAGGGAUCUUGACGAAGGCCGUCUAACGCCACCCUCAUCUCCGUCGAAUUCUCGUUUGCCACGCAGUUCACCGGCUUCACCUGCUCCGAGUAAAAAGAGCAAACGUCACCAAAGUGCUUCGCCUAUUCGUCAUAUAUUGAAUUCACCGCUACUGAAUCGGAGGCAGCGGAAGAAGCAGCAUACGGAAAGCUCUGACGAUGAAAAUCAAUUGUUGACCCAGACAGACGACAGUAGCGGAGGAAGUGGGAGUAACAACAACAAGCAGUAUCGUGACUUGGAAACGUUUCAAAAGGCUCAACUCCGACAAAAGCUAAAACGUGGUAAAAUUGAGCCAAAUGGAAUUACGAGUUCCUUUCAGCCGCAGGCUCCAGUGAGACGAGAAUUCGUUAUGCACAAUAAGGCUCCCAUGUGGAAUGAAAACAGCCAAGUGUAUCAACUGGACUUCGGUGGACGAGUGACCCAGGAGUCGGCUAAGAAUUUCCAGAUAGAAUUCCGUGGCAAACAGGUCAUGCAGUUCGGUCGGAUUGACGGUAAUGCGUACACGUUGGAUUUCCAAUAUCCCUUUUCGGCACUGCAAGCUUUCGCCGUCGCUCUAGCGAACGUUACUCAGCGGUUAAAGUGAAGUUGUUUCACUGAUAUGCUACCUAAAGUUUCAUUCAUGAAGUGACGAAAAACAAAAAAUCAUUUACAUAUCACAACAAAUAAAACAGCAUACGGCCAGCAUCGUACGUUUAGUGCCGCUAUCUGAGAAACUCUCUGUUAUAGCACUGCUUUUCAAAUUAUUAUCUAGGUGCAUAUUAUCAAUAGCGGAAUGGUUGUUGGGUACUGUUGCUAGCAGCUAUGAUGUAUGAGUGUUGAUCGUUGUGUGAGGCAGCUUAGUAAUCAAUGUAAUUCGCAAAACAUACAGAAGAGCAAUUCUCGUUCAGUAAAAGUACAGCUGCUAAUAUAAAUUUGAUGCCAACUGCUUUCGUAACAUUGGUUUCAAAUGACUCACAAAUAUUAAAACGCUGAAAUGUUGGAGUUGCGUACAUUAAAAAAAUCAUAGCUUUUCACAUAUCAUCAGUGUAGUUAUUCAUUGUAAAAAAUAUUAUCUAAUUAUUGCAGCAUUUGAACGUAGGUGUUAUAAUCCAUGCCCUUUAGAAUCUAAGCCAAUUAGAGUUAUUCAAGCAUGGCCUAUAGAUUAAAAUAGUGAAUGAAUGAAAUGAGGUGCAGAUGUAAAUACUUGAAUCGCCAAAUUAGUCGGACAGAAACAAACUAGUCGUAGCUGUCAUGCUGCUGCCAAGCAGCCGUAAUUCAUGUGCAAUAUGAAGAAAAUAAAUUGUAGCUUAAGUUUCUCAACUAUAAUACUACCGAAGAAGUGUGUUUUAUAUGCUAACAAGCGCUUAUCUAUCAUACUUGUGAAGCUGAUUGUUUAAACUGUUUAAAAUAUGUUCGACUUUUCAUCUAGUCUAAUUAUUUGCUUAUGCCAUUGCAAUUGUAAACUGUUUCUAGUCAUUUUUGUCACGUUACCUCUUCGUAUAUAGACACGUUCCUCUAGUUAUACUAUACAAGUUUUCAACUACGUUAAGGAUUUUGUUUUCCUUUGAUUUUUCUACAGUGAGCAUUUUUCUGAAACACCAGAUCUGUUUGUAGCAACCAAGUUUUUGAGAAACAAUCCCUUGUUUCUCGCAAAAACUAAUCGUUGACUUUUGAUCUCAUAUUUGUUUAAUAAUUCUAGCAGAAUAGCAAUAACUUGGAACCUGUAUCAACCAGUUUUUGAAGAUUCCUUCAACUAGGCACAAUAGUCACCCUAUUACGGGUCAUCCACUAUUAUGGGCCAUUUCCAUUUGAAUUGCAUGUGCAACAGAGUGACUAAUAAUAGCGACUAGGUGGCCCAUAGUAGUGUGAGCAAGUGUAUCAUUUAGCGACAUUUCCCGGUUUGAAAACAUCUCAGAAACGUAUGUUCCAAAUAUUUUUGAGAAAGUACUGUCAGUAACGGUGGUGUUCGAAUAUUGACUAUCAUAUUUAAAACAAUACUUUUAAUUUCGAUCUGGUUUCAACGAAAUAUUCUCAUUGAAGCUCCACAGCUUGGGUUAUAAUUGAACUUUGUUACCGUUCAAAGACACAUGUAGCAGGCUUUUGUAAUAUUGCUAGUCACCAACCACUAAACUAUAAAUAAACCAUAGAUAAUGUUAAAGCUUAGGAACAAAAUCCAUCCAGAGCUGGGAAACUUGAGUAAUGACACAUUCAACAAACAUAGUUUGCCAAUAGGAGAAACCGAAAUAAAAUAAAAUUGCUUACACAACAGCUCUUACGUCCGUUUUAACCAAAAUCGUACACCCUUAAUAAGACAUUUUUUGCGAAUAACCGAACAGCUAGUAUACUCAUAAACAAAACAAUUAAAUAGCUAGAAACAAACACACUUGCGCAGGUAGAUUGACAAAAUGUGAACCGUAGUGAAGUUUUGUGCGAAAUCUUUUUGUACAGAUCUUUUUUACUGAGCUGAGAACAAGAAAACGAAACGAAUUGAAACUAAUGCCGAUAACGAACGAAUGUGCUGGAAUUUUUUACGUGCGUUCGUAUUUUGUAUAACCAUUGUUGCAAAACACGCCAAACGAUUUGCUUCAUUUGGUGAAUGCAAAACUCUACGUUUUGUAAUGUAACACUUUUGCCAGAAAUCUUUUUUAUCGCGUUUUUUUUUUUUUUGCAACAUCCAGGAAAACUAAAUAAAAUUGUGAAACAAAAAAAAAACACACCUGAAGCUAGAGAAUGUUUAGAAAAUGAACAACAGUUUCGUAUAAUAAAAGCAAACGUUGAUUGAGAAAAAUCCAAAUAAACCAAAAUCAAAUCAUACCCGCGCUCUAGUUAAAAACAAUGAAAACAAAUCUCCCAUUUAUGAGAAAAAUAAAUGAACUUUGUGUAAUUCAUUGAAAGCAGCCACGAAAUAAACAUUGAAUGUUCCGAAACGAAUAAAAUAA